AUGGGCCGAGAAACAAUUGGAGAUUUCUUUUAUCAUUCUGAAGUGCCUAAACUCGAUGUAUUAGAUCUAAGAGACACCACAAAAUACAAAUACACAGCAGAGCCCACCAUAAAAAGAGCCGAAUCGUUCUCUUCCUUGAGUACACCGCGAAAGGAGCCAGGAUACAAAUGGAACAUGUACUAUAUUCUCUGGAGGAUCAAUGAAUUCAUUGAGCUACGACAUCUUUUUAUGAUAUUUAUGAUUACCGCCUACACUGCCCUGGGCGCAUAUCUCCUUUACACGAUUGAAUCAAAAAAUGAAAAAGCGAUCUACCCCACUCGAAUGAAGGAUCUGACAGCAGCUGUCGUUGAUUUAGCCAAGAAGUAUAAAGAAGAGAAGAAAUCUAACAGAUCUGUGCUGUUAGAAGAGUUGAAGGGAGAUUACAAAAAGCUUCAAAGUUUUGAAAACAUUUAUAAAUGGUCUACAUAUUAUCGCAUCGAAGAACAAUACAAAUGGAAUGCAUGGAGUGCAACUUUCUUUGCGAUGAAUUUAUACACAACUGUGGGUUACGGUACUAUUGCUGCUGAAACCCUAACAGGAAUCGCUUGCGUCAUGAUCUACACAAUGUUAUUCUGCCCUAUAACCAUGGUUAUCAGCCGUGAUUUGGGACAAUGUGGCCUCGUCUAUCUGACCAAAUUCUAUGGCUACAUAAAAUAUAGAUUUACGUCAACUGCAGAAAAAGCCGCAAUUCUUGCCGACGAUCUCGUCAUUUUGCCUGUGAAAUACGGAUGGGUGGCUAUGUUUGGAUUUCUGGGCUUGACUACAGUAUUUCUCUACUUCUAUGAUGGCUUAACAGGACCAGAUGCUGGAUUAUCGUGGUGGGAGUGCUUUUACUUUUCCGUACAAACUUAUACAACUGCUGGAUUUGGAGAUAUAAUGCCCAUAAAUGUUACGUUUGACCCAAUCGUCGGCCUAGUCUACUUCUUUUGUUUGCCGGUUCUGAAGGUCGUAAAUCGAAUGACGUACUUAUACUUGGAGAAUGGAAUACAUGGAUAUUUUGCGAUAGUUGAUUCAACAAUAAAUUCUUAUUUGAAUACUCUACAUUCGUCGGAAAAACCGAAAGCUCUUACCGAUCUCGCUACAAGCACAAGUGAAGAUUAUUAUAACAAAGAGCUUGAAUGGGCAAAUGGUUUGACGAUACGCUCGUUGGCUGCGAUGGCAUCCAGUCCGGCUGACGUUUUCGGUGGAGCUCUCGGAAGAAUCGACCUACGGGCUGAAGACCUACAGCCCGUGCGUAAAGGCUCGAAAAAUUAGUGGAAUUUGUUUCAAAUCUUGGAUACAGUUUUAAUUGUUUAUUCAUUAUGAUAAAGUGUAUAAGAAAGCGUGAGGACAUGUUGCAAGUGCAAAAUAAAGCUUUU